ACAGCCGAUUACCGUACUCGCUGGGGCUACUGCCUGUGUGACGUCAGCGAGAGCUAGCUGCAAAGUUCCUUGCCGUUCUUUGCUGAUGUCGGGGAGCUGAAAAUUAAAAGGGUGAACGUGGAGUUAUGGGUUGGCCGGGUUUUUUUCUUUUCCUAUUUUCACUCUUUAUUGUAAAUUCUGCAGGUAAAGCGAUAGUGAGCCGGGAGCUUAAAGACAUCUGUAGAGGAGGGGUGAGUCAGCGGGUGCAGAAGGACUAAGAAUUGGUUCCUUGGAGGGACGGUCGCCUCUUUCCCCAGAGAGGAGGCGGCGGGGCUGCUCCUGGGACUGAAUCCCCGUCCUCUCCCCGCUCCAGGGGAACGCGGGGCCGACGACGCCCCGCAGCCGCCUCGGUCUUGGCCAGCGUUUCGCGUCCACUUCCCCCGGCCUGCGCGCGCAGAAGCUGGAUCUAGCACGAGUCCACCGCGCGCCGGUCGCACCGUGGGUAACUGCGGGCCGGGAGAAGCGCCCAGAUGCCGGCGGUCCCCGCCUUUGAGAGUCGACGGCACACUGGUACUUGAUUGUGGGUAGCGGGGAGGCUGGCGCUAAAUUGUUGAAUUCCCAGUUACGCGCAGAAUGCCCAAUCUUCUAAGCAGGACGGAUCGGACAGUACGGAGAAGCGGGCUCCUGUAGUUCUGGGAUUGCAUUUUGCAACGUGUCUCCUCGAGCUUCGCGCCAAGCCUGGGGGAGGGAGGGAGUUGGGGCCGGAAGGCCAGCGCCGCGGGUGGAUAGGGUCCGCGGGUAGCCCCGCGUGUGCGUCCCUGGCCAUGUCGCCUUUAAUGCCGUGCCCUUUUGCGUGGCCUUCUGAGGGUUUCCAGGGCAGGCCGGGGUUGCUUCCCACCCACACGCCCUCUCUCACCCCCAGCUAACCCCAGCGGGCAAGACUCCCCAGAGCCGAGACCUUUUGACUCUGCUCCCUCGCUCCCGCCUCCGCCCUCGCCCGGGGGUGGCUCCCGAGAGCCGGACCUCGCCGGCCCCGGCUGGGACCAUGGUGUUUCUCUCUGGGAAUGCCUCCGACAGUUCCAACUGCACCCAUCCGCAGGCACCAGUGAACAUAUCCAAGGCCAUUCUGCUCGGGGUGAUCUUGGGGGGCCUCAUCAUUUUCGGUGUGCUGGGCAACAUCCUAGUGAUCCUCUCCGUGGCCUGCCACCGUCAUCUGCACUCGGUCACUCACUACUACAUCGUCAACCUGGCGGUGGCCGACCUCCUCCUCACCUCCACGGUGCUGCCCUUCUCUGCCAUCUUUGAGAUCCUGGGCUACUGGGCCUUUGGCAGGGUUUUCUGCAAUAUCUGGGCGGCGGUGGACGUCCUGUGCUGCACCGCGUCCAUCAUGGGACUCUGCAUCAUCUCCAUCGACCGCUACAUCGGUGUGAGCUACCCGCUGCGCUACCCCACCAUCGUCACCCAGAAGAGGGGUCUCAUGGCCCUGCUCUGUGUCUGGGCGCUCUCCCUCGUCAUCUCCAUCGGGCCUCUGUUUGGCUGGAGGCAGCCGGCCCCUGAAGACGAGACCAUCUGCCAGAUCACCGAGGAGCCGGGCUACGUGCUCUUCUCGGCCCUGGGCUCCUUCUACGUGCCACUGACCAUCAUCCUGGUCAUGUACUGCCGGGUCUACGUGGUGGCCAAGAGGGAAAGCCGGGGCCUCAAGUCCGGCCUCAAGACUGACAAGUCGGACUCGGAGCAGGUGACGCUCCGCAUCCAUCGGAAAAAUGCCCCGGUAGGAGGCAGCGGGGUGUCCAGCGCCAAGAACAAGACGCACUUCUCCGUGAGGCUCCUCAAAUUUUCCCGGGAGAAGAAAGCGGCCAAAACACUGGGCAUCGUGGUCGGCUGCUUCGUCCUCUGCUGGCUGCCUUUUUUCCUAGUGAUGCCCAUUGGCGGGAAAGAAAGGAAUACUAAAGUUCAGGAUAAAAAGAGACUUCCCGGGAAGCGCAUCGGUACAAACCAUAGCUGCGGUCAUCACAAAUAUCACUUUUACUUUCCAAACUAAAGCCUGGGGUUUCCAUGGUAACUGCUUUUACCCCAGCUGCUUUGCAUCAUGUUUUUUUGUGUAGAAGCCAGUGGAGCAGGACCCGGCUAUGUUACAAAGUUCAGGUGUCAAUAUCAAAUGGAUCUCCUGGGACAAAAACCAGAAAGAAAAAAAUUGCGUGCAACACACUCUCCCACCCAACCACUACCUUCCCAAACCCUUGCACUUUGCUACUGUCCUGACCAAGUGCCCAGAGCUUUCCAGAGCCUGCCAUUUUCUCAAAGUCCAACUGCAGCCUGUAAGCAACUGUGACUUCUAUGUCUAACCGUGUGCACUGGAAGGGAAUUGGAGCCGCAAGGCUUUUGAUUUACGAUGUUGCAGCCAUCCGUAUGUUCUUGGGUAAUAGCGUUUCAUAAGGGUCAAAAUGCAGAUGUGACAGUCCGGGCCAAAUGUAAACUGGAGAAUUUCAUCUUGCCUUCCUGUGACUCACCCAGGCUUCCAGAUGGAAGUGAUUUCCCAAGGUCACUGCAAAGUUUGGUACAAUGGCGUCUCGUACAGAGAACAUAUGGUAGGAGGGUGCAGGUGAAGCGGGGUCGAGGGUCAGGACUUCGUUUCCUGUUCUCACCCUUGACUCUGGUGGAGCGAGCCCGCCCCUGAGGACUUCUUUCUGGUCAUGGAAGAAGCGCAGGCACAGUCUGCCUCACCUCUCCCCCAAGCCCUUCUGACUACGCCCACCCCAAGCCCUGCUCCCAUGUUCUAGGCAUAGUGAAGGGAACUAAGGAAGAAAUGUGCCUCCUUCCACCAAAGCAUUUCCAUGUCUUAAAAUAAAUCCCAGCUUUCCUCUUCUGGGAAGCUACCCCAGAGUGGACUAGGAUCUCAAAAUAUCUUUUAUUUACUUUAUGCAAGAAACAUACUGAGAGCCUACUGGGUGGCAGAUACAAGCGGACCCUGACUUCAACGUGGAGACUGACACAUAACUGAGCCCCAUGUAGGGUCACGAUAAGCACAAAGGCACAGUUGGAAGAGGUUGGUUUUCCAAUUUGGGGGGCAGGGUGUCCAAAAGGCUUCCUAAAAGACACAACUUGACUAGCACGAGCCAUAGACUGCUAACAUUAUUGAUACGCACAUUCCAUAAUUAAACACGGACUUUAUUAACACACAUUUGCAUGCAAGUCUGGCUUGGUGUCUCCCUAGAUUAUAAAAAUCUUGAGUGUGAAAACCCAGUCUCUGCUAUUCAGGGCUCCAUAUCUGACUCACCUAGAAUAAAGCUGAGAACACAGUGAGGGUCAUCGUGGCCUUGACUCUGCCUUCAGAAACAAAGGAUAAGUUGGAAGAUCCACGGGCAGUUUGAGCGAGUAGACGCGUGUAGACGAGUAGAUGAGUAGACGUGUGCAGACGGCGUGUAGACAGCUGCUAUGCUGUAUCCAGAUGGAGAAAUGAAUUGACAGCUAUGUCCAGAAGCUACAUGAUAGGGGACUGGCACGUCGUCCUUUUAUUUUCAGCCAUUUCUUUGAUAGUAAUGGCACCGACAUUGUAACUGUGAUUUUAAACUCUUGAGUUGCCCUCACGUAGAAGCGUGACUUUGAACGGUUCACGCUCGCCUACGGUGUGACUCUGGGAAGGUUUCUUCUUUCCAGGCCUCUCGUCUUCAUCAGCAGAACGACAGGACCCACUUGGAUGAUUGUCUCGUAAGCUCUGAAUUGUAUGCUACAGGCCUAACCUGAGUCAGUCGUGAUCAGCUCGGAAGCCUCUGGGCCUAAGCGCAGUAGUAAGUGCUGAGUAAACAUCUGUGGAAGUAAAUGAAAGAGACCCGAAAUCCGGUUCAACAUGUGAGGUGAUAAAACUGUUUUCAACAUAGAGCGCAGAGAACCCGACCAACUGCACCACGUUUUGUAUGAAUAGCGGAGCCGAGGGCUUGGGGUUUCCCCCUGCCACAGACACUCGGAAGGAAGGUGGCAUCAGUGACUUUCAGCUGGGCCCAGUCUGCUUCUUCAGAUGUACAUGCAGGCAAAGACAGGCCUGGGCCUCCUGUCGUAAAACAUUUAAACAUAAAAGGAGAAAAUUCAAGGGUGCCUGGGUGGCUCAGUCGGUUGAGCGUCCAGCUGUUUGAUUUCGGCUCAGA